AUGGUAUGCUCAUUCCAUCUUAGAUCGUGCAAAACGAGAACACCAAGACAGCGAACAGACGAAACGACAGUGAGGAUUAUAAUGAGUGACAAUGAACAUAUGGAUCUCGGACCAUCGUCUGGCACAACGGACAAAGAGUCCCCACCACCAACAUUUGAUAGUAGUCAACAGACUAUGUUAAAAAUUGCAAUCAAAACACCAAAAGAGAAAAAAGAUAUAACAAUUGCAUCAUCCGCGAACAUCAAAGAGUUAAAACAACUUGUUGCAAGUGAAUUUAGUACAUCGAUUGAACAAAUUUGUCUUAUUUAUUCGGGAAAAAUUUUAAAAGAUGACGAAGAUAUACAAAAACAUGAUAUUAAGGAUGGUGUUACCAUUCAUUUAGUGAUUCGUGCUCCUAAGGAUGCUACUUCUGCAGCGGCAAGUCAACAGCAGUCUGCUCCAUCCUUGCCAUCAGAAGGAGCAGCGUCAAAUGUAGCAGGAGCUAAUUUAACCGAUGGAUUUCCCUUUGGAUUUGGUGGCGGAACUGGAGGUCUAGGAAAUUUAAAUUUUGCCAAUGCAAAUUUUCUUGAUGUACAGCAAAGACUACAACAAGACAUUAUGAAUAAUCCUCAGGCCCUGAGACGACUGAUGAACAGUCCAGUGGUUCAAAGUAUUACGGGCAAUCCUGAUUUAUUACGUUCCUUACUUCUCAGUAAUCCUCAAAUACGUGAUCUAAUGGAUCGUAAUCCCGAAAUUUCUCAUCUAUUAAACAAUCCGGAUUUAUUACGUCAAACAAUGGAAUUUGCUCGAAAUCCGACAGCAUUACAAGAGCUUAUGCGAAAUCAUGAUCGUGCAUUAAGCAAUUUAGAAAGUAUUCCGGGUGGUUUCAAUGCUCUUCAACGGAUUUACCAAGAUGUGCAAGAACCAAUGUAUUCAGCUGCACAAGAACAAUUCGGCAAUAAUCCGUUCGCUCAGUUAUUUGCGGGAACUGGAGAAAAUUCCAAUACGAGAUCAGGAACUGAAAGUACCGAUCCGCUGCCGAAUCCAUGGGCAUCUCGUUCUGCUACAGCGUCAUCAACGGGUGCUACUCGUCAAACUCCAUCGUCGUCGACAGCGACUCCAACACAACCGUCUACCAGUAGCGGAGCAACUCAGUCAGCAGCUGGAGGAAACAACAGUACUAUUCCAACUGGCGGCACUGGCGGCUUAAUGAGUCCAAUGAUGCAAAAUUAUUUUUCACAAUUAGUUCAAAAUCCUCGUCUACUUGAGGGCGUUUUAAAUGCACCAUAUAUGCAACCUCUAAUGGAAUCAUUGGCAGCUAAUCCGGAUGUUUCUCGACAGAUGGUUUUAAAUAAUCCAAUGUUUGCCAGUAAUCCGGAGAUGCGUGAACAAAUGAUGAAUGCAUUACCGGCGAUGAUGGAACAAAUGCGUAAUCCCGAGGUACAAAAUCUAAUGCAAAAUCGUGAAGCUCUUGAAGCUAUUGUUCAAAUACAAGAAGGUUUACAACGUUUGCAUACAGCUGCACCUGGUCUUUUUCAAGCCGGUGGAUUACCAGCUGGAUUACGUUUGGGAGCCACAGGUCUAGCAACACCCUCUACAAAUACAUCAUCCACAACACAAGCACCUACACAGCUACCACAAUCUACGACUCCAUCUUCAACAACUACACCGCCAUCUAGUGACCCAAGCAAUUAUGCUGGAGUAUUUGCACAAAUGUUACAAAUGAUGUCAAAUCAGACAAUCAAUACACCACCAGAACAAAGAUUUGCUGUUCAACUCGAACAAUUAGUUGCAAUGGGUUUUGGAAACAGAGAAGCCAAUCUUCAAGCUUUGGUUGCUACUAUGGGUGAUAUAAAUGCGGCCAUUGAACGUUUAUUAUCGCAAUAG